AUGUGCUUGAGCUUAUAUGGGGAAAUCUUUCCCGAAAACAACAAUCACCACUCUUUCUUUCUCUUCGGCAAUAACCGUAUUUUCUCCAAAUAUUCACUCAUCUGUUUGUACUCCUUAACUAGCAGCUUAUUUUCCUUAUUCCCUUGCAAACAACGGACGGUGAUUGCCAGUUUUCUCGUUAUCAUUUUCCAACAUCUCCAAUGCUUCCCUUGUUCUCUCUAUUUGACAUUCCAAUUUAUUCUCACGCACUCUCUUAAUGUUCCCCUUUCUUCCAUUUCACCUCCUUACAUCUACUCAACAGGCGUCCCGCCUUUCCACAAACCCAACGUAAAUUUUUAUUUUCUUCAUCUGAGAAUUCUCCUUCUACUUCUUAGAAUUCUUCUUCAUCUUCUAAGAAUUUCUCCUUCUGAGAAUUCUUUUAUUCUUCUGAGAAUACUUCUUUUUCUUCUUUUUCUUUUUCUUCUUCUUCUAAGAAUUCUUCUUCUGAGAAUUCUUCUUCUAAGAAUUCUUCUUCUUCUUCUUUUGAGAAUUCUUUUAUUCUUCUGA